AUGAUGGUGCUUAAACGAUCGUGGGCGAUAGCCCUGGCCGGUCUUUUGGCCUUGCAGCAGGUCCCAAUCGCCGCGCAGGAGCCCCUGGCCCCCCGAUCCGGUCGGAAUCCGCUCGAUGAAACGUUCGCGGAGCUCGUCAACAAGACACUCGACGUCUUCAAGGUUCCCGGGCUUGCCAUUGCCGUGAUUGACGACGAGGAAGUCUUUGCCGAGGGCUAUGGCUUCGCCACCCUGCCAGAUAUGAGAGCAACGCCGCAGACGCUGUGGUACGGCGCCUCGACGACCAAGGCCUUCACCGCGGCCACUAUCGCGCACCUCAUCGACUCCAAGCGUUACUCUUCCUUGGAACUAGGCUGGCAAACCACCAUCUCGUCUCUGCUUCGCGACGAGUUUAUGCUGCAGGAUGAGUGGGCGACAAACCACAUCACCCUCGAUGACGCCGUUAGCCACCGCACAGGAUUGCCAUCACACGACAUGUCCAGCAUCCACAUCAUAGACGGCAGAUCGGCCGUGCCCAAGGAUAUUGUGAGAAAUCUGCGGAACCUUGCGACUAACGAGCCUCGCGUCGAAUUCGAAUACUGCAAUCUCAUGUACGUCACGCUGUCUUAUGUGAUUGAGUCCCUCACCGGCAAGUGGCUCGGGCAGGUCCUCAAGGAAACCCUCUGGGAUCCUCUGGGUAUGGACGGGACUCGUUUCAGUCUUGAAGACGCCUUGCAGGCGCCGUACCAUCUCGCCCGGGGCUACAGGUGGGACAACGGCAGCCAGAUCUACCACCCGGUAGACCACAUGCCUGUGAGCGAGAUCAGCGGCGCCGGCGCCACCUUUUCCAACGUCCUCGACUACGCCAAAUGGCUAAAGAGCCUCAUCCACGCAAGUGGCCCCCUGUCCAAAGCCGUCCACAAAGAUAUCAGGACGCCGCGCAUAAUCGACACUGACCCGGCGUUCAACCGCGGCAUACAGUUGUAUGCUUUGGCAUGGGACCGGUUCGUCUACCAUGGCCAUGUCGGAUACCAGCAUGGCGGAAGCAUGCAUGCUUUCGGCGGAAGCGUCUAUUGGCUACCAGAGGCCAAGUUUGGCGUCGUUGCCUUUGGAAACACGGCGCACACGUCGAAUGCAGCGGUGGAGGAGCUGAUAAUCAAGCUGAUUGACGACAAGCUUGGGAUACCUGCUGAGAAUCGCAUCGACAGAAGAAGAAGUAAGUCUUUUCCAGGAUAG